AUAAUUAUUUUUCGCCUUACGUUAAUUCCAAUUAUCUCCUACAUUUCACGAACAUGACUGGUUUAUUUUCGUUAAUUCUCAUCGCUUGUAGCCUUGGUGUGGUUACCGUUUCCUGUACACCACAUUCAGGCCCAAUCAAAAGCCUACCGAGGGCCAGAUGUUCUUCUCUGGACAUCAGCCCCUCUACAUCUCCUCGCAGCCCAUCAAGAUUAGGCUCUAUGGGGAGCGACAAUGAAGUGCUUACCUCUCCACUACUAGAGAGCACGCCAUCUGAGGAACUUAAUUCCGAAAAGAGUGCUUCAAGAGGAGAGUCCAAUUAUCUUCGGUGGACAAUUCCGACGAGGGCCGCUCCUGCAUCCGACCCGCUGCCGAAUGCUGCAAAGCUCAUAAUGACAAGACAGGGACUAGGAAGGCCUCGAACGAAGACCUUACUAGUGAAUGUGAAACAUCAGGCGCACCAAGCUGGAUCAGCAAUACUCAAGGAGAAAAUCAGAGCCAUGUUUGCCAAGUCUAGCGCGCCCGAGAUAGAAGAAACAGCCUCCGAGAAACUAUCGGAGGAAGCAGGGACCUCUACCAACAUUGGCCGAUUGGAGGAAGUGUCACCUGUGCAGCCUCAUCAAAAGCGCCUUUCUAUACAAUAUGGCGACACGGUAAAAACUCUGUCUGAGGAAGAAUUAAUCAGAGCUUUUGAGCCAUUGGACAACUCAAUUUUUCGAAGCCACGCAGCUUUGAUGAAGAAGCUAGAAAUUGACCCAGAGGAUUGGAAACCUAGACACAUGGCAUUAAUGGAAUGGUUCAGCAAAAUAAUUUUACCAGGAAGGGAUAGUGAAGCACAUCCCAUCGACAAUCCUGUAGCUCCUGCAGAACUAAAUUCACUGCGUCUCAAAUCAGAUCUCCCGGAAAAAUCAGAGCUCAGGGGGCCUACAUUUGAUUCUAUGGAGUCUGCAGAUCUAAUUGACAAGAACUCUCCAAAUUCAGUUGGGCAUACUUGGAAAAUUUUGGAUACAAGUGAAACUGCUUGUACUCCAGAAGGUGUUCAAAGAUUGGUCAGAAUGUCUAUCCUUUCUGGCAAGAAAGAUAAUUUGCACUGGGCUUUACUUCCUGUACUCAAGACCUGGUACAAUGAGGCUCAUUCAAACAUGAUAAAAAAAAAGGUCAAGUCCAACAGUGAUUUUCACUCCUUCAUGGUCAAAGCUCUAGAUGAAUAUGAGAAAGAGGAUCCCUUCCAUGCCAUUUGGUAG